AUCAAAUCCAGAUAAAUCGAUGCGAUCGAUUUUGCAGCCGGGUAUUAUACUUCCUGCGCAGCCCUUCCUCCUUCCUUUCUGCCAAAAUUGUGAAUCAUGGCACCGAUUAAAAAGCCAUUUGUCAAGAAGCAGGGUGGUAAGAAGAAGAAGCAGAUCCUGAAGUUCACCCUGGACUGCACUCACCCUGUCGAGGAUGGCAUCAUGGACGCUGCCAACUUUGAGCAGUUCCUGCAGGAGCGCAUUAAGGUGAAUGGCAAAGCCGGAAACCUGGGAGGUGGUGUGGUGUCCAUCGAGAGGAGCAAAAGCAAAAUUGCGGUGAACUCCGAGGUUCCCUUUUCCAAGAGGUACUUGAAAUAUCUCACCAAGAAGUAUCUGAAAAAGAACAACCUCAGGGACUGGCUGAGAGUGGUGGCCAACACCAAGGAGAGCUACGAGCUGCGCUACUUCCAGAUCAACCAGGAUGAGGAAGAGGAGGAGGACGAAGAUUAAACCUGACACCACUUUUAAUAAAUUGUCAAAAUGGAGAAAAAAAAA